AAGGAACUUCGCGAGGAGCACGAGUUGUCAUAAUAUCAUCAUGAAAAGUACCGUCUACUACACAUCGACAUCAUCCAGCACCGGAGCAUGUUGAUGUAGGACGAGCAUCAUUUUGCUCAUCUGUCGAGAACCACUUAGAGUUGCAUGCUGGAUGCUUCGAAACACCCGGCGGCUCUGCGGUGCGUAUUCGCAUCGGACGAACAAUUGAUGCUCUAGGAUUGUGAUCCACAGAACUAAAGCGCUGCUACAGUAUUUUGUGUGGAGUGUUGAACAAGAUGACGAUGUUGACGAUACACCAUGGGGUCCUCUCGUCUAGCUGCGUAGUGAUUCUCGCACUCCCGCUACUGAUUUAUUUCAAGUCUGCCGUCUAUUUCCAGUUCGCAUUGCAAGGAACCGUGCUGGCACACGCGCAUACAGUGGCAAAAUCACCCGGAAACAAGCCUGGCCACCUCGCUCCGCCACCCACCUCGGACGGGCAGGAACCGCGCCUCUGGAUCGACGUCGAGCAUGAAGGUGAAGAGGAGGACUACAAACACGCGAUCCACAUCGAGGACGUCAAGGCGACGAGGCUCAAUUCGACAAUCACGCUGCGAUGGAACUACUUCGUGCGGAGUGAGGAGUACAAUCGAGGAUACGCCUGGGGCCAGGUAUUGCAUCCAUCGCCUUACGAAGAUCCUAGCGGUUCGAGCUACACUUCCAGCGCAAUCGCCUUGACAGGGAACACAGCCAACACCGGGUCCUUCAACUGGACUGUGCCUUGCGAAGCCGUCUCGGGCCAGCGGUACCGCUUCCGGCUGUGCUCUGGCGACCCUCCUCGCAAAAGUAAAUUCGCAUGUCAUGAAAGUAAAGGUGCGAUUUUUGUCCUGAACGACACGAGGUCAACAGGCUGUCCAAACGUUGCCGUGCAACAGAAGAGUGGUCCGCUGGCUCAUGCAACUUCUCCUGGUGGCUCCGCGUCACGCAGUAACACACGACCCGCCACACAUUCGAACCUGAGCAAGUUCCAAAGCCACGAGCAGAAUCCCGCCAAGAAUCUGAAAGCGAGGCCCAUUGAGGUUCUCGGGCCAUUAGAUGUAACGGAUCGUGGUAUGAAAUGGCUCCCACAAGAAGUUGGAGAAGGCCGCGGAAUAGACGCAGGGACACUAGCGGCGUCGUCGAAUUCGGGAAGCAACAAAACGAGAACGCGAGGCGAUGAAACUACAAAUAACGCGCUGACGCAUCACGAAGGGACCGAGACGAACUCCCAAGAAUGCCUCAAGAACAGCACGAACAACGAGCAGUACCCGAAAUACUCACAUCGAAAGGAGCAGGAUUUGAAACCAGGUGGAAGUUGUAGUCAACCAGGAACGGUCCCCAGCACUUACAGACGCAGUGUGCCGUCAUCGCGCCCUCGAAAUUAUGCGUCUGAUGCAGCUGCUGAUCAUGAAGAUGUUGCGGCAGCUCUUCAGUGGGACGACCACCCAGAGAUCAUGCGUGUUGUUGGUGAUUCCGCUUGCCAGAAGAACGAUGAAGAUUGUGUCGACGUCGAUAUCGGAGUAUGCGAAAUCGAUGAAACGGCGACCAGCACACCAAACCUCCAUGCUGAGCCGGAGUCCGAGGGUCCUUCGUACGUCACACCGGAGCCCAGGCGGCCCGACGAGACGGCGGCAGGAAAAACCGCACAGCCCCUGCGCCGGAUGGCUCCACAAGAUCAGGAUCGCGGAAUAAAGGACAGCAAGCGCAAGCCUCUGGCCAUCGUGGCGUAUUGGAUUGGCCCGCUGCCAGACUACGUGAUGGCGUUUGUCGCAACCGCCAGGAUGGUGAAGGGCGUCGACUUUUUCGUGUUUCACAGUCGCCCGGUGGACGAUGAUGACCAGGCCGAGAUAUUCGCCCAGAUUCGCGAUGCGGCCGCACCAAACGUGUUUUUUCGCCACUGUCCCCAGGACAAGAGCUGCCUCGCCAAGCGUUUGUGGGAGAACGUGCCCGGCGUGGCGGGCGGCGGUGGUCGUCGCGGCGAAGUAAAGAGCUUGGAGGCAUUUAGUGUCGAUGUAGUAGAAGAAUCUUUUGCCGAUGAUAACGCCCCAAAGGGCUAUGACCUCAAGGCUCUGUUUGGGGCGCUGUUCGCGACGGAGUUGGAGCCCUACUCGCACUGGGCAUGGACCGAUUUGGACGUGUUGUGGUCGCCAAAUCUCCUGCAGUUGCUCACUACCGAAGCGCAGUCAACCUCUCGUCCGCACGCAAUGGAUCUACUUCAGUCCUACGAUGUCGUUACCUGCUUGGACGGAGGACGUUCAGCAUUGUACCUCUCCGGCCAGUUUACGGCUUUCAAAAAUAUACCCAAAUUUGGAAAGCAAAGCGUGCCCGAGCGAAGCGGCGCUCCUGGUCGUACAACGGGGGUCGUGCCCGAGCUGGAAGAUCAUAAGCAGUCGCUUUAUUUCCUUUCGGGGUGUCUGACAAGAAACGUGGACUUCGUGGCGAACAAUGAUGGCACCGCCGCAGUCCCGACCCCAAGGGGUUCCAAGUUCUGUGCCUUGGACUGGAUCCUGAGCACGGCACACAGCAUGUUCGACGAGAAACAUGCGGUUUUUUACGCAGCGGAAAACGCGAACGCAAAAAUCUACUUCGACUUCUCGCUUGGCUUUUCCUCGCAGCGUUGGUCGCAGCUUUUGCACAGAGGGCCGCAAUUUGGGCUGUUCUAUCCGCUGCCGGAGGCGGACCGAAGCGCCGGCGACGAACUUGUGUUCGACCGGAAAUUUGGGCUUUUCAUUGAAGGCAGCAGCUUCGUUUCAUCUUCUCUCGCAGCAACUAACACAACCGGUGUGGUUAAACAAGAGGGACGGGGGUCGCAGCGAUCAAAGCCAGAGAAUGAAGUAGGAGGUGACGCCAAACAUCAACCGGUGCCGGCUCAUCAUCUUCACACGCCCUUGGUGACGGAUUUGGAGCGUAUCAACAUGCACCUUCACGACCUCCGUAGCAAAACAGACUGCUUUUCGGAACUCGGCGACCGCUGGAGCUACGUUUGUGUGCCGCAAACGCCCGCGCUGGGAGCGCUUCCCAGCAGCGAGUUCAUUUUCGGUGCCGCCUACGAGCUCAGACCAGUGUUCCAGUUGGCUGUGAGCGGAAGAGACGAAACGCAAGCCGCUGACGAAAAUAUAAAUAGCGGUCGACAUAAGGGCGGUGGGCCCCCCCGCGAUCGCGUAGACGAGGUCUUUGUCGCCCGUACUAGAGAAGUUCUGGUGAUUCCUUCGGCCUUCGUCCACCGGACGUACGAGUUGUAUCCAGAACCGCUACAACAGCAGACAUCACCAAAUGCCACACCAUCAAGAGUCGAGCUGAGUGAAAACAAGGUAGAAAAUCAACGUGGUCCUGUCAAAGAUAAUGGCGCAGCUGCCACUCAAUCUGAAGUUCUGUCAACAUCAGAAGAACGUGAACGCCCCACACAAAAUAUGAAACGCCGCUCUACUCUGGAAUUUGCGUUUUUUCAUCUCCAUCAGCGAAAGGCAAAGUUCACUUUUCAUGCAGCUAAUAAUCGCGGUGACCGGCAGCUAGUCAAAGAUGACCGGGCACGAAACGACGACGAGCAUCGCAUCGCGGCUGGGAGCACUGUUUGGUGUGUUGACCGCAAAGGAGCAGGAAGAGAACUUAAAUGCCGCGAAGAAUUAGACGCGGGAUGGUGUACAGGGUGCCGCGUGGUGGCGUCGCAUGAUCAUUGAGCGGGCUCUUUUUACUUGGUGUUGCAGCUACCUUCUAGUAUCUGAUGGUGAAAAUUCAUCCGAUUGCGUCGUGUAUGAUCGAAAUCCCCGAAAUAGUACUGUUUCGAUGAAAGAUAAAUGUUGCUCUUCUGUUGAGCCCAGUGCAGUUUUGAAAUGGAGUAAAUGACGAGCAGGCAAUACCAAUCGGUCGAAAAUAUUGAGCUCUACCAGUCGAUGUUCGGGCUUCUUGAGUACUGAAGAUGAAAAAAGCAACUCCCGCGUCGGUACAGCAUGUACCUACCACGUAGAGCAAAAAGAAAAACAGCACUCGCCAAUUGGAGAGGCAUUACAUUUUUCUACUUACACUAGAUACGCAUACGCCGGGGUCGCGACCACCUCCAGAUUUUCGCACUUAGAAAAACGAAGAGGAGAACAGUGUCGAUUGCUUCAAAAGAAGAUCAACAACGUGCCACUACCAGGAGGCUGGCAUGUAGAUGCAC